UUAUGUUUCAUGUAUUUAUAUAUUCUUUUCUUCAGCGACUGCGGCAAAUAAUUUAUACUUAGUAAAAUGUGUUCUCACUUAUUUGUAUAAAUUACUUAACUGAGACGAUGGUUAAGUACUCUAUAGAUUCCCAAGAAUAGUGUUUAGCUUCCGAAUGUAACCCAAAAAAUUAAAAUGUUUCGAAGGUUUUUGGUACUUAUUGUAGCGAUCGUUAAAGUGGCACAAAGUUUUUCAGAUGUCGGAAAAUGGGAUUUACCGCUUAAUGGGAACUUUUGUGAGUUUACCAUCGCCAAGUCUCUGUUUAAAGAUUCAGAAUUACGUGUUGUUGUGCACUGUCAAGAAUCAGCGAAUGUCACAGUGGCCUAUCAGUGGGAGCAGAGUCCCUGUUCACCUGAUUAUUUCCACUACUUUGAAGAGAAUAUUGUUGAUUGCUCAAAUCAAUUAUACAAUGCUCCAGUUAAUGAGAUAUCAAAUGCAAGUUCAGUGCAAGUGAAAAAACUCAGUUGCCAUGGGAAGGAGUCUAUUUUCCUCUACGAUGUCAAGGACAAAGUUACCGAAGGCACAAAGAAGCCGGCUGCUUCCACAUCGAAAAUGCCCCCCUUAAUAGUGGUGGAAAGAGAAGGUAUAUAUGUAUUCAGGAUGAUGGUGAGAACAAAUACGGAGACUACAAUGAAUCUGUCAGUUGGAGUUGAGAUGGUGGCACCCUCGGGAUACUUGUCCGCAGCCAUGUGGCCUCUCUUACCUUUCUACGGCGUGAUGUGCGGUGUGUACGCGGCACUGUGCUGCGCGUGGCUGGCGGUGUGCGCACUCCAGUGGCGAGACCUGCUGCGAAUCCAGUACUGGAUUGGCGCUGUCACGUUAUUGGGUAUGGUGGAAAGCGCUACAUAUUACGGUGUAUACAGCGCUAUUAAUAACACUGGAUAUUUCAACACUGAAGUGUACAUGUUCGCGGAGUGGGUGUCUGUGGCGAAGCGGGCGCUCGCCCGCAUGUUAGUCAUUAUUGUAUCUCUAGGAUUCGGUAUUGUCAAACAUGAACUAAUGUUUAUUAUUUAUUCCAGAAACACAAUAAAAUUGAAUCUGUACCGUCACUUCACCAACACGCUGAUAUUCGCGGUGAUAUCAUCGGUAGUGUUCAUGCUGUACUCGCUCAAGUCCUACAAGAUACAGCUCUGCAUUACUGUGAGUAAGAUUUACUGUUUUAAAACACUUUCGUACGGUGUGAAGAUGCGAGGCGGGGGCGGGGGUGGGAGCGAGGGCCGGAGCGGGGGCGAAGGCCGGGAGGGCCGGUCCGGGGACAGCAAGAAUUCAGAGCUGGAGGAACUGCGUUGGGUUGAGGAACACAUUCCGGCAAGCGCUCUGCCCGUGCUAGACUCCGAUGAAGAAAUCGUUAACACUAAGUUCGAAGUCUCCAAAAUGCAAUAAAUUAUAAGCACCCAUUUAAUAUAUAGUAUUUAUCUCAA